AUGUUUUUUUUUUUCAUUUCAGUAACAGUAAAAAUGAAUGUUUUUUUUUUCAUUUCAGUAACAGUAAAAAUGAAUGUUUUUUCUUUCAUUUCAGUAACAGUAAAAAUGAAUGUUUUUUUUUUCAUUUCAGUAACAGUAAAAAUGAAUGUUUUUUUUUUCAUUUCAGUAACAGUAAAAAUGAAUGUUUUUUUUUUCAUUUCAGUAACAGUAAAAAUGAAUGUUUUUUCUUUCAUUUUAGUAACAGUAAAAAUGAAUGUUUUUUUUUUCAUUUCAGUAACAGUAAAAAUAAAUGUUUUUUUUUUCAUUUCAGUAACAGUAAAAAUGAAUGUUUUUUCUUUCAUUUCAGUAACAGUAAAAAUGAAUGUUUUUUUUUUCAUUUCAGUAACAGUAAAAAUGAAUGUUUUUUCUUUCAUUUCAGUAACAGUAAAAAUGAAUGUUUUUUUUUUUCAUUUCAGUAACAGUAAAAAUGAAUGUUUUUUCUUUCAUUUCAGUAACAGUAAAUAA